AUGUCUGUUAAAGAUCAAUAUUUAAAGAAAAAUCCAGAUGAUGUUGUCAUAGUUGCAGCUUAUAGAACUGCUUUAACUAAAGGUGGUAAAGGUGGUUUCAAAGAUGUUGGAUCAGAUUUUAUUUUAAGACAAUUAACUGCUGAAUUCAUCAAAAAAACUGGUGUUGAUCCAAAAAUUAUUCAAGAUGUUGCUGUUGGUAAUGUUUUAAAUGGUAGAGCUGGUGAUUUUGAACAUAGAGGUGCUUUAUUAUCUGCUGGUUUACCAUAUUCAACUCCAUUUGUUGCUAUUAAUAGACAAUGUUCUUCAGGUUUAAUGGCUAUUUCUCAAGUUGCAAAUAAAAUUAAAGUUGGUGAAAUUGAAUGUGGUUUAGCUGGUGGUGUUGAAUCAAUGACUAAAAAUUAUGGUCCACAAGCCUUAAUUAAAAUAGAUCCAGCUUAUGAAAAUGAUCCAGAAUUCCAAAAAAAUGGUAUUCCAAUGGGUAUAACUAAUGAAAAUGUUUGUGCUAAAUUUAAUAUUGCAAGAGAUGUUCAAGAUGAAUUUGCAGCAAAAUCAUAUCAAAAAGCUGAAAAAGCUCAAUCAGAAGGUAAAUUCAAAGAUGAAAUUUUACCAAUAGAAGUUUUCCAAGAAGAUGAUGACGAUGAUGAUGAAGAAGAAAAUGAAGAUGAAGAUGAUGAACCAAAAGAGAAGAAAGUUUGGAUUGAUAAAGACGAAGGUAUUAGACCAGGUGUUACUAAAGAAAAAUUGGCAAAAAUUAAACCAGCUUUUAAAGAUGAUGGUGUUUCAUCAGCUGGUAAUUCAUCACAAGUUUCAGAUGGUGCUGCAUUAGUUUUAUUAAUGAAGAGAUCAUUUGCUGAAAAACAUGGUUUCAAACCACAAGCUAAAUUUGUUUUAACUUCAAUUGCUGGUGUUCCUCCAGAAAUUAUGGGUAUUGGUCCUGCUGUUGCUAUUCCAAAAGUUUUAAAACAAACUGGUUUAGAAGUUAAAGAUAUAGAUGUUUAUGAAAUUAAUGAAGCAUUUGCAGGUCAAUGUUUAUAUUCAAUUGAAAGUUGUAAUAUUCCAAAAGAAAAAGUCAAUUUAAAUGGUGGUGCAAUUGCUUUAGGUCAUCCUUUAGGUUGUACUGGUGCUAGACAAUAUGCUACAAUUUUAAGAUUAUUACAACCAGGUCAAUUUGGUUUAACUUCUAUGUGUAUUGGUACAGGUAUGGGUGCAGCUUCAGUUAUUGUUAAAGAAUAG